UUGGCUGUAUCUAACUUGACGCACCGUCCCGGACCUCAGCAUCCAGCAUCCUCCAGGCCACACAGAGAGCUGACCAGGAGCGUCAUAUAUAGGUGUAGUGUUUCUUUAUUCUAGCUGUGGUGGAGUGUGGUUGUCAUCAUGGGGGAACUGUUCAGGAGCGAGGAGAUGACCCUGGCCCAGCUCUUUCUCCAGUCAGAGGCAGCCUACUGCUGCGUCAGUGAGCUGGGAGAACUGGGCAUGGUCCAGUUUAGAGAUUUGAAUCCGGACGUAAACGUGUUCCAGCGCAAAUUUGUGAAUGAAGUGAGGAGAUGUGAGGAGAUGGACAGGAAACUGAGGUUUGUGGAGAAGGAGAUCAAGAAAGCUAAUAUCCCAACUGUGGACACUGGAGAAAAUCCAGAGGUGCCUUUUCCCAGGGACAUGAUUGAUCUCGAGGCCACCUUUGAGAAGCUGGAGAAUGAACUGAAGGAGAUCAACACCAACCAGGAAGCCCUGAAGAAGAACUUCCUGGAGCUGACGGAGCUCAAACACAUCCUCCGUCGAACACAGCAGUUCUUUGAUGAGAUGGAGGAUCCCAACCUGCUGGAGGAGUCAUCAGCCCUGAUGGAGGGUAGUGAGGGGGGUCGCGGGGCCCCGCUCAGACUGGGAUUUGUGGCUGGAGUGAUCAGCAGGGAGAGAAUUCCAACUUUUGAGAGGAUGCUGUGGAGAGUGUGUCGCGGUAAUGUCUUCUUAAGGAAGGCAGAGAUUGAGGACCCUCUGGAGGACCCUGCCACGGGAGACCAAGUCCACAAAUCAGUCUUCAUCAUCUUCUUCCAAGGUGACCAGCUGAAGAACAGGGUGAAGAAGAUCUGUGAGGGGUUCCGUGCCUCACUCUACCCUUGUCCAGAGACCCCACAGGAAAGGAAGGAGAUGCUGGCUGGAGUAAAUAGUCGCAUCGAGGACCUUCAGAUGGUGCUCAACCAAACAGAGGACCACCGUCAGCGAGUGCUGCAAGCUGCCUCCAAGACCAUGCGGGUAUGGUUCAUCAAGGUGAGGAAGAUGAAGGCCAUCUACCACACACUCAACCUGUGCAACAUCGACGUCACCCAGAAGUGUCUGAUCGCUGAGGUGUGGUGUCCCGUCUCAGACCUGGACUCCAUCCAGUUCGCUCUGCGCAGGGGAACCGAGAGAAGCGGCUCCACAGUGCCGUCCAUUCUCAACAGGAUGCAGACCAAGCAAACUCCACCUACUUUCAAUAAGACCAACAAGUUCACGUCAGGCUUCCAGAACAUCGUUGACGCCUACGGCAUUGGGAGCUACCGGGAAAUCAAUCCAGCUCCGUACACUAUCAUUACUUUCCCCUUCCUGUUUGCGGUGAUGUUUGGUGACAUGGGUCAUGGCCUUCUGAUGACCUGCGCUGCUCUCUAUCUGGUCAUUCGAGAGAGUCGCCUCCUCGCCCAGAAGAGUGACAACGAGAUGUUCAACAUGGUGUUUGCUGGUCGCUACAUCAUCCUGCUGAUGGGGAUCUUCUCCAUGUACACUGGAAUCAUCUACAACGACUGCUUCUCCAAGUCACUCAACAUGUUCGGCUCUGGAUGGAGCGUCAGGCCCAUGUUUGGCCCCAAAGGAGCCAACUGGUCGUUUGAGUCCCUUGGUGAAAAUGCAGUUCUCCAGUUAGACCCAGCUGUUCCUGGUGUGUUCAACGGGCCUUAUCCACUCGGAAUUGAUCCGAUCUGGAAUGUUGCUACCAACAAGUUGACCUUCCUGAACUCAUUCAAGAUGAAGAUGUCCGUAAUCCUGGGCGUCAUCCAUAUGCUGUUUGGAGUAUCUCUCAGUCUCUUCAACCACCUAUACUUCAAGAAGCCGCUGAACAUCUUCCUGGGCUUCAUCCCAGAGAUCGUCUUCAUGUCCACUCUGUUUGGCUACCUCGUUCUGCUGGUCUUCUACAAGUGGACAGCGUAUGACGCAUACACCUCCAAGGAUGCGCCCAGCCUGCUCAUCCACUUCAUCAACAUGUGUCUGUUCAACUACAACGACCCCACCAGCAAGCCCCUCUACAGGGGACAGAUGGGGAUCCAGGUUUUGUUGGUGCUGAUUGCCCUUGCAUGUGUUCCCUGUAUGCUGAUUGUGAAAACUAUGGUGCUUCGGCGUCAGCACCUGUGGAAAAAGCACCUGUCCCAGAAGAGGGAAGAAACCCCUGCAGAGAAUCUAGAGCAGUCUUUAGAGCAAACAGGCGUGUCCUCAUCAUGCACCGGACUCACCCAACAGGGCACGCAGAAGUUCGGAGGGGUGCGGGUGGGCAACGGGCCCACGGAGGACGAGGCUGGCAUCAUGGACCACGACCAGCUCUCCCAGCACUCAGAGGAAGGAGAUGAGCACUCAGAGGAAGAACCGUUUAACUUUGGUGACGUAGCCGUCCACCAAGCCAUCCACACCAUAGAGUACUGCCUAGGAUGCAUCUCCAACACAGCCUCCUACCUGCGCCUCUGGGCCCUCAGCCUGGCUCAUGCACAGCUGUCUGAGGUGCUCUGGUCCAUGGUGAUGCACCUGGGUCUGUCGUCCCGGAGCGGAGGCGGGUUCUUUGGCCUGUCAAUCAUCUUCUCGGCCUUCGCCACCCUCACUGUUGCCAUCCUGCUCGUCAUGGAGGGGCUGUCAGCCUUCCUGCAUGCCCUGCGUCUGCACUGGGUGGAGUUCCAAAACAAGUUCUACUCUGGCCAGGGCUUCAAGUUUGUCCCCUUCUCAUUUGAGAGCAUCUUAGAGGGACGAUUUGACGAGUGAUCAUCUCCUCCAGCAGAGUCCCCACCCUUCCCUCCUCUCUUCUGUGUUUGUGUGCAUGAGUCCAAGUACAGCCCUCUGUCACCCUCUAGUGGUCAUUUGUGGAACUUGUACUGUGUAAUGAACGAUAAUGUGGUCCUUGUGAAGGGUUUUUCCAGUGCAUAUGUGCCAAGCUGUACCCAUACUGGAGCUUCUAUUGCUGUGGCACAGUACCAUCACUGUACUCAGCACUCAGCACGUUCACCACUGCUCUAACAACAUCUCCUCUGCCAGCUUUCCUCCUAAGAUACCCAUUACCAAACACACUCGGCGGGGUCUGUGUUCUUGUAGACGAAAUUGGCUUAAAGGCAGUAGUGGACAAGUCGCCAUUACAGCAGUGGCACAGCACUCAUAUAUACACCCAUAACAUUGUAAUGUAUGCAAAGUGCUGUUUUCCAAGAAAUCUGUCCUGUAGUACCUGUUAGGUUUUGAAAGUAUAGUCACAUUAAGGUUCUAAUCUACAAAAUGUAAACUUUUCAACAAAAUUCAGCCCAGUUUUAACAGACAGCUAGAUAUCUUAUCUGUUCUUUGCUGUUAUCAGCUACUCCAACAACAAAGUGACACUUAAAAUAGAAAGUGUUGCUGCUGGGUUAAUGAGUUUGUCCACAUAGCACUCUCACAUCCAGACUGUGGAGGUUGGACAGAAGCACUACAUUCAUGUUAUUUUUUCCCUAAAUUCUGACUCACAACCCAUGUCAGACUAGUACUUUGUGACUGUAUGACAUCCAGAUUCACACAGACUAACUCCAUCUGUCAGAGGCAACACAUAAAUAAACUUUGGUUUUUGGUGUUAUGUCCUCUCCUGACAAACUGCACUUUCCAAUUUGCUGGAGGAGGGCUGAGAAGUCUUGCCUGAGUGGUUCAGUGGUGUCAGGUCAGACAAA